AAAAGAAGCGGCAUUGCCAGUAAACUGUACUUCCAUCAUCUCUUUAAAUCCCACGCAUCUCACUAUCUCAGUGUUUUCACUGCCCUCUGUUUUUCAACUUUUCAAUAGAAAUGGAUCACUUCAAAGGACAGCCUCGCCUCCCGAAAUUCGCCGUGCCGAAACGCUACGCCAUCCGGCUGAAACCUGACCUAUCCGCUUGCACAUUCGCUGGUUCUGUUUCCGUCGACCUCGACAUCGUCGACCACACCAAAUUCAUUGUUUUGAACGCCGGAGACCUCUCAGUUCACUCCUCCUCUGUUAGCUUCACCUCAUCUAAAGUUUUUCAGCCAGUGAAAGUUGAAUUGGUAGAAGCAGAUGAGAUAUUGGUGUUGGAGUUCGCUGAGACACUUCCAGUUGGGGUGGGAAUCCUCAAAAUUGAUUUCGACGGAGUUUUGAAUGACAAAAUGAAGGGAUUUUACAAAAGUACUUAUGAGCAUCAGGGUGAAAAGAAAAAUAUGGCGGUUACUCAGUUUGAGCCAGCUGAUGCUAGGAGAUGUUUCCCUUGUUGGGACGAGCCCGCUUGCAAGGCCAAAUUCAUGAUCACAUUGGACGUGCCAUCUGAAUUGGUGGCUCUUUCAAAUAUGCCAGUCCUUGAGGAGAAGGUGGAUGGACCUUUGAAGACUGUUUCUUAUCAGGAAACACCUAUCAUGUCUACCUAUUUGGUAGCUGUCGUCGUUGGUUUGUUUGAUUAUGUUGAAGAUUACACAUCUGACGGGAUCAAAGUUCGAGUGUAUUGUCAAGUUGGGAAGGCGAAUCAAGGGAAAUUAGCAUUGAAUGUGGCUGUGAAGACUCUUGAAUUAUAUAAAGAAUAUUUUGCUGUUCAAUAUGCUCUUCCCAAGUUGGAUAUGAUAGCAAUCCCCGACUUUGCUUUUGGGGCCAUGGAGAAUUAUGGAUUAGUUACAUAUCGUGAGACAGCCUUGCUCUUCGAUGAUAAAAAUUCUGCUGCUGCUAACAAGCAGAGGGUUGCUACUGUUGUUGCACAUGAGCUGGCACAUCAGUGGUUUGGUAAUCUUGUAACAAUGGAAUGGUGGACUCAUUUAUGGCUCAAUGAGGGGUUUGCAACAUGGGUGAGCUAUCUAGCUGCUGAUAGCUUGUUUCCGGAGUGGAAGGUAUGGACUCAGUUUCUUGAUCAAAUUACUGAAGGUCUUAGGCUUGAUUGCCUUGAAGAAUCCCACCCAAUUGAGGUGGAGAUAAAUCAUGCCAGUGAGAUUAAUGAAAUAUUUGAUGCGAUAAGUUAUCGAAAAGGUGCCUCUGUUAUUCGAAUGCUGCAAAGCUAUCUUGGUGCUGAAUGCUUUCAGAGGUCUCUUGCCUCAUACAUCAAAAAGCAUGCUUACUCAAACGCAAAGACAGAAGAUUUGUGGACUGCCCUUGAGGAGGGAUCCGGUGAGCCUGUGAAUGAGCUAAUGAAUUCAUGGACAAGGCAAAAGGGGUACCCUGUUGUGUCUGUGAAACUUAAAGAUCAGAAAUUGGAAUUUGAGCAGUCACAAUUCUUGGCAAGUGGUUCCCAUGGAGAUGGACAGUGGAUUGUCCCAAUAACUUUAUGCUGCGGCUCAUAUGAUGUGCAUAAGAAUUUCUUAUUGCAAACAAAAUCUGAAACCCUUGAUGCUAAGGAUUCCAGACUGGCAGAGAUCGGAAGUGCUUGGAUAAAACUUAAUGUACAUCAGACUGGUUUCUACAGGGUGAAAUAUGAUGAGGAACUCUCUGCUAGACUUAGAUAUGCCAUAGAGAAGAAAUAUCUGACUGAAACAGACAGAUUUGGUAUUUUGGAUGAUUCAUUUGCCCUUUGUAUGGCUCGUCACCAGUCUUUGACCUCGCUGCUCACUCUGAUGGAUGCUUACAGGGAGGAACUCGAAUAUACUGUGCUGUCUAACUUGAUUAAUGUAAUGUUCACUUCUCUAUUCUAUUCACACUAUUGGUUCAGUUAUUCAAUUAAUCCUAAUUAUGUUUCCUUCUUUUCACAGUUAAGUUAUAAAGUUACAAGUAUUGUAGCAGAUGCAACCCAUGAAUUAUCAGACUAUGUUAACCAAUUUUUCAUUAAUCUUUUCCAGUAUUCAGCAGAAAAGCUUGGCUGGGAUCCUAUACAAGGUGAAAGCCAUCUUGACGCAAUGUUGAGAGGAGAAAUUUUGACUGCCCUUGCUGUGUAUGGACAUGAUCCAACACUAAAUGAAGCAAGUAGGAGAUUUCAUGCAUUUGUAGAUGACAGAAAUACGCCCCUCCUCCCACCUGAUAUAAGAAAGGCAGCAUAUGUGGCCGUAAUGCAGAGAGUCAGCCCAUCAAGUAGAUUGGGUUUCGACUCUCUUCUGAGAGUCUAUAGGGAGACGGAUCUAAGCCAAGAGAAAACUCGCAUUCUGAGUUCAAUUGCAUCGUGUCCUGACCCCAAUAUAGUUCUUGAAGUUCUCAACUUUGUGUUGACUUCUGAGGUUAGGAGUCAAGAUGCUGUGUUUGGGCUUGCUGUUUCAAAGGAAGGAAGGGAAACAGCUUGGGCAUGGCUGAAGGACAAAUGGGAUCACAUUGAAAAAACCUGGGGUACUGGAUUUUUAAUAACUCGCUUCGUCAGUGCAGUUGUUUCACCGUUUGCUUCAUUUGAGAAGGCCAAGGAAGUAGAGGAGUUCUUUGCAGGCCGCACCAUGUCUUCAAUUGCUAGAACCUUGAAGCAGAGUAUUGAGCGAGUCAUCAUUAAUGCAAAGUGGGUUCAGAGCAUUCAGAAUGAAAAACAUUUGGCUGAGGCUGUGAAAGAAUUAGCAUAUAGGAAAUACUAGGGACACAUCCACUCUUCAAAUCAACGUGUUCUCGGUUGAGUAGUUGUAAUGAUCAUCUGAAAAAUAAAAUGCAAAAUAAAAAAAAAAAGUGGGAUUUGUAUUUGUGUAACAUCAAGUAAGUGAAACCCUGCAGGAAAUAUAAAUAAAUUGCCAUGUUCUGAUGUUGAGCUUUUA